GCGAGUCAGGGUCCUGCGCUUCCCCUGCGGCGCCGGCGUCCACGUGCGCGCCCGCUCCGAGCCUGCGACCCGGGCGGCGGCGUCGGGGCCGAGCCAGGAGCGGCGGCACCGGGCGCCCAGCGUCCUCAGCCCGGAGCAGCAGCCCGGCACCCAUGGGCUCCGACGUGCGGGACCUGAACGCGCUGCUGCCCGCGGUGCCCUCGCUGGCCGGCGGCGGCGGCUGCUCGCUGCCCGUGAGCGGCGCCGCGCAGUGGGCACCGGUGCUGGACUUCGCGCCCCCAGGCGCCCCGGCCUACGGCUCCCUGGGCGGCCCCGCGCCGCCCGCCCCGCCGCCGCCGCCGCCGCCGCACUCCUUCAUCAAGCAGGAGCCGAGCUGGGGCGGCGCGGAGGCGCACGAGGAGCAGUGCCUGAGCGCUUUCACCGUGCACUUCUCCGGCCAGUUCACCGGCACGGCCGGGGCCUGCCGCUACGGACCCUUCGGGCCCCCGCCGCCCGCCCAGGCGUCCUCGGGCCAGGCCCGGAUGUUCCCCAACGCGCCCUACCUGCCCAGCUGCCUGGAGAGCCAGCCCACCAUCCGCAACCAGGGAUACAGCACAGUCACCUUCGAUGGGACGCCCGGCUACAGCCACACGCCCUCACACCACGCAGGGCAGCUGCCCAGCCAUUCCUUCAAGCACGAGGACCCCAUGGGGCAGCAGGGGACUUUGGGCGAGCAGCAGUACUCCAUGCCACCCCCGGUCUACGGCUGCCACACGCCCACGGACAGCUGUGCGGGCAGCCAGGCGCUGCUGCUGCGGACUCCCUACAGCAGUGACAACUUAUACCAGAUGACCUCCCAGCUCGAAUGCAUGACCUGGAACCAGAUGAACUUAGGGGCUACCUUGAAGGGAGUUGCUGCUGGGAGCGCCAGCUCAGUGAAAUGGACAGAAGGGCACAGCAACCACAGUGCAGGGUACGAGAGCGAGAGCCACACCACACCCAUCCUGUGCGGCGCGCAGUACCGGAUCCACACACAUGGCGUCUUCCGGGGCAUCCAGGAUGUGCGCCGUGUGCCCGGCGUGGCCCCCACACUGGUCCGCUCGGCCUCCGAGAGCAGCGAGAAGCGCCCUUUCAUGUGCGCUUACCCCGGGUGCAACAAGCGGUACUUCAAGCUGUCGCACCUGCAGAUGCACAGCCGGAAGCACACGGGUGAGAAACCAUACCAGUGUGAUUUCAAGGACUGCGAGCGGAGGUUUUCGCGCUCUGACCAGCUCAAAAGGCAUCAGAGGAGACACACAGGUGUGAAACCAUUCCAGUGUAAAACUUGUCAGCGAAAGUUCUCCCGGUCCGACCACCUGAAGACCCACACCAGGACUCAUACAGGUAAAACAAGUGAGAAGCCCUUCAGCUGCCGGUGGCCCAGCUGUCAGAAGAAGUUCGCCCGGUCUGAUGAGCUCGUCCGCCACCACAACAUGCACCAGAGGAACAUGACCAAGCUGCAGUUGGCGCUCUGAGCCCAGGCAGCUCUGGGGCCGGCAGGGGGCGAGGCACUGCUUCCAGCUGUGUGUUUGAAAUCCUCCUCCCUCACCUCUCUGAGAAGGCCUAGGAGCUGACCGUCCACCUGUGUCCAGCUUCCAAGACCCCUGACGGGAUUCCCCAGGUUUGCCAGGGGAGCUGCCUUGGCUCUGCAAACCUUCAGUUGCCCUGGAGGCCUGGAAAAGCCGUAGUGUUGAGCCCAGUACCACCAGGUUGGGAUUUUCUGCUGGAACAUUGUUGAUAACAUCCCCUGCUCCUUUUAGCUCAUUUUCACUAGGAAUGGAGUGGUUGUGCCGUUUCCCACCCUGGGAUAUUUAUAGCCAGGGCAUACGUACGUGUCUGCUAAACUUUGUCAUGGUUUCCAUUUACUAACAGCAACAGUGAGAAGUCAGUCAGUGAGGCGUGGCAGGUGGCUCUCCACCAACCUCACCGACCUCUGGGGUGGGUGGGCAGGCUGCUAAACUGGGGAGCAGGAGGGGCUCUGCCAGGCAGGGUAAGGGGCUCCUGCAUCUCAAGCAAGUGGGACAAGCAUCGAACUAACCAGUACCUCUGUACAAAAGCCCGAGACUCGCUGCAGGGCGACUGCAGGGCUGACCUGGCACAGUGCUCGUAGAAGGCGCUCUUUCCUGUGGACCUUUUCCUUUUGACUUACAGUCAUCCGAGAUGCACAGAAAUCCUCACACAAAGAAGCAGGGGCCAUGCUCAUUAUUUGAGGUGCCCUUAGAGUGUGCAGACCACACGGGGCAUGUGGCUUCAAGUUGUAAAAUUUUAAGUGACUGAAAGAAAACGGGCUGGUCCAGAGUCCACUCAUGAGACUGUCCUCAGUAACUUAAGUGUCCGGGUCCACACACACAUGUGAAAAGGCACCUAAGUGUAGGUGUAUGGACCGCAGGUGGUCCGGGUCAGUGUGUGAUGUGCAUGUGAGCGUGUGGGCGGGGUUUCAUUUACCGUUGCUUGAAAACACUAAAUACAGAUGGACGAUGAUUUCCUGUUGGAUGACCUAAGUUAGGAGCUGUACGCGUGCUGGGCCUCGCUGUCGGUGCCGUCUGUGGCACAGCGAUGACACCACUAACUUUGUAACCUGCAUCCUCACACUGCUCUGAUUAAAGUCCUCAAAAUCAA